UGUUUUCUGCCGGUUUCCUGAAAAGAGUACAGAGCAACAUCAUCCUUUCAUAUGUUAUUCCCAACACUUGGGGUUAAUUUCGACAUUCGGGAGUUGGUGUCAGAACACGAGGACACAACUAUUGAAAAGAGAGAGAGAGAGAGAAAGUGUGUUUGGAAAUUAUUUCAUGUGAUUGAUAUUUUUGUUUCUUUACGAAAACGCAUACUUUUUGGAAAGAGCCAUAUUUGUAGAGAUAUUUUCGUCAUGUUCCCUGGACAACCUUAUGAAACGAGAAGAGCUGGUCUUAACCAACAGCAGUUUGAAGUUUCUGAAAAACGAUUGAGUAGAGGAAGGGGGUUGAUAGAAACGAGCUAUUCUAGCAACAGUGAAACAGCUGAUAUGGCAAUGGACACGAUGACCCCAGAAGAGGCCUCCCAACAUGUAACUAUAUGGAACCGCAUAGAAUGCAGAAAAGUCGCUGGUAAUGCAGCACCUUUGAGAAGAAAUUUAGAACGAUAUUUAGCGAAACAUCCCGAAUGUGAAGUAUAUACUGGUCAAGACAAGAAUUUGAGUGGUGGCAUAGCUAUUGGUUCAGUUGACCCUAAGACAGGCUCCACCAUAGUAGCUGGUAACGAGCAUGUUCCCAUGUGGAAUAAGAUAGAGGAACGCAAGAUAACAGGAAAUGCAGCACCCUUACGAAAGAAUGUGGAAGCUUAUUUAGCUAAACAUCCAGAGUGUGAAGUGUAUGUGGGUCAAGAUAGAGACAGUUCUAUGGUAGGAUCGGAAACCAAGAAGGGAAGAUUAGUCAAUAAGAGAGAGUCACCUUCGCUGGAUAUUUCAUCUCGUUCUCGUGAUGGAACUGUUUUAGAACCAAGUCAAACUACACAGGAUAGUUUUGUGACCAAUGAAGGUUUAGAUGGACCCUGUGUUUUGAGAGAAGAACAAGUGUCUGAAAGGGAUUCGCUGUCACAUGAGAAUAUUUCCAUGUCAUUGGAUAGUAACUCUGGAGUAUUGUUGGACCAAGGAAACAUAGUAUUGGAUACAGGAACAGAUCAAGUUCAUCCCAUGGAAGGGACUGCACAAUCACCAGCUUGGAAUGAACAUCAUAAUAACAACAAUAUGUUAUGGCAGUCUUCGAAUGUGAUGAAUAAUUAUAGUUCUUCUUGGAAUCGAUCCUUGUUGGCAUCCAAUAAUUUAUAUGGAUAUUCCCCUAAUAAUCCUCCCAUAUUACCUCCUAUUCAUGGAAGAGCAGUGCCUAUUCCUGGUAGAGACUCAUUGGGAAAUAAUAAUUACAGUGUUUAUGGUGUAGAAGAUGCUUCAUGGUCUUCUACUUUAUUUGUUGGGAGUUAUGGAGCAGGUUCAGGAUUAACUCCUCUGACAGGGUCCUUGGAUAUGGAAUUGUAUCCAGAGAAUAUGUCUCCAAGUAUUUUUUUAUUAUCCGGACAAAGUCCAGCUAAUGCUACUCCUUCCAAUUUACGUUAUUUUCCAUGGAAGAAUAUUGGAGGAGGAAAUAGUUCCCAUUUUAACAACUAUUCUACUUCGACCUUAUUUCCCAAUAAUAAUAAUAAUAGUAAUAAUAAUAAUAAUAGUAAUACUCGAGCGUUUAUGGGAAUGCCUCAAGGACAGUAAAUAGAUACAUAACUCUCUCUAUAUAUAUAUAUAUACAUAUAUAUCAUACAUGAUUUUUGUGGGACAAAAGUCCAUCAUAAAAUGGUUGUGACUCAU